AUGCGGAUAUUAAUAGAGACGUACUGGAGACGUAUUGAAGACAUACUCAUACAUCUCAGAAUAACUACGAAUAAGAGGCAAGUAGUAACGGAAUUCAUCAAAAAUAUUGAACAUAAUUUAUAUAAAUUACCAACAGAAGUAAAAAAUCAAUUGAGGAACAAGAUUAUACCAUUGUUCGACAAAAUUAACGUUUUUAGUAACAAUAACAAAAGAAGUUCUCUAUAUGGUAUGCUCAAGGAAAGGAUGAAAGUAGCGAAGCAAUUUUUAAAAGAGAAUCAAAAUUUCAUUCUUACUAAAGCUGAUAAGGGUAACGUUACAGUGGCUCUAGACAAAAACAAGUAUAUAAACAGCAUGAAUGAAAUACUCCAAGAUACAUCAACGUAUACGGUUGUUAAAAAAUCGCCCAUGAAUACGUUAAACAAUGGAUUGAGGAAUAUUCUGACGAAAUGGAAGAGUUUGGGAUACAUCACGGAUGGCACAUAUCGUUGGCUUAAUACGAGUGAUGGUUUAUUACCUAGAGUAUAUAUAAGCAAAAAUUUGGUACAACGAUGGGCUCCCCAUUUACCUCCUAUAUUAGCUGACAUAGUUAUACAAGAUCUCGAAGAAAAAAUGUUAGAGGAUUGUAAUUUCGACAUCCCCAUAUAUUAUAGAUACGUAGACGACAUUAUCAUGGCUAUACCGGGUUCAAAAAUUAAGGAAAUACAAGAAAAAUUUAACGCAUACCACCCUAGGCUACAAUUUACCGUUGAAAUAGAAUAUAAGAAUAUGAAUUUUUUAGAUACCACAAUAAUUAUAGAUAACAAUCAGAUUAAGUCCGAUUGGUACCAUAAGCCGUUGUUCUUAGGGAGAUAUCUAAAUUACAAUUCUCAACACCAGUUGUCACAAAAGAAAGGUACUAUUAUAGACAACAUAGACGAUUUCGAACAACUUCUUAACGUGGUAGGACACAGUAAAGAUAUGGGAUUAAACAUCAAUACUAAGAAAACAAAAUUCAUGGUUAUUACCCGAGAACCGAAUGUAUUCAGAAACGUCAGCUUAACACUAGAAGUCACAGACCGAUAG